AUGGCUAUUACUGUUGGUAUUAACGGAUUCGGUAGAAUCGGUAGAUUGGUUUUGAGAGUUGCUUUGUCCAGAAAGGAUAUCACCGUGGUUGCUGUCAAUGAUCCAUUCAUUGCCCCUGAAUACGCCGCUUACAUGUUCAAGUACGAUUCUACCCACGGUAGAUUCGACGGAGAAGUCACCAGCGAAGGCUCUGACUUGGUCAUUGACGGCCACAAAAUCGCCGUGUUCCAAGAAAGAGACCCGGCUGCCAUUCCUUGGGGAAAGGCCGGUGUCGACUACGUGAUUGAAUCCACCGGUGUCUUCACCGCCAUCGAUGGGGCCCAAAAGCACAUUGAUGGUGGUGCCAAGAAGGUGAUCAUCACCGCUCCUUCUUCAGAUGCCCCCAUGUUUGUUGUCGGUGUCAAUGAAGAUAAGUACACCCCAGACUUGAAGAUUGUUUCCAAUGCUUCUUGUACCACCAACUGUUUGGCUCCUUUGGCCAAGGUGAUCAACGACAAGUUUGGAAUCGAAGAAGGUUUGAUGACAACCGUCCACUCCAUCACCGCCACUCAGAAGACUGUUGAUGGUCCAUCCCACAAGGACUGGAGAGGUGGUAGAACUGCUUCCGGUAACAUCAUUCCAUCUUCCACUGGUGCUGCCAAGGCCGUCGGUAAGGUUAUCCCUGAAUUGAACGGUAAGUUGACCGGUAUGUCUUUGAGAGUCCCAACAACCGAUGUGUCUGUGGUUGAUUUGACUGUUAGAUUGAAGACUCCAGCCACUUACGAGGAAAUUGCCAAGGCUGUUAAGGAUUCUUCCGAAGGUGAAUUGAAGGGUAUUUUGGGUUACACCGAAGAUGCCGUUGUGUCCACCGACUUUUUGGGUUCCACUUACUCUUCGAUCUUUGAUGAAAAGGCUGGUAUCUUGUUGUCUCCAACUUUUGUCAAGUUGAUCUCUUGGUACGAUAACGAAUUCGGUUACUCUACCAGAGUCGUUGACUUGUUGGAACACGUCGCUAAGGCUUCGUCUUAA